AGUUUUUGGAAUGUGGGAGGAAACCGGAGCACCCGGAGAAAACCCACACAGGCCCAGGGAGAACAUGCAAACUCCACACAGGGAGGCCGGAGCUGGAAUCGAACCCGGUACCUCUGCACUGUGAAGCCCACGUGCUAACCACUGGACUACCGGGCCGCCCUGGUUUUUUAAUUAAUUUUUUUUUUUUUUUUGUGGACCUUAGUGUCAUCUCAGGAUAAAAUUUGGUUCUUUGUGUGUGAGCCUGCGACAGCCGAAUGGCAUUUGCAGUCAUUUUGUUGCGGAAGGAUGAUUGGAGUUGAGGCUUUUUUUGAGUUGAUUCAUCGAUUAUUAUAAAAGUUGUGGAUAGUUGUUCAUUGUUGCAUGGCUAAGACAUUUUACAGCCCUCUGCAACCCUAGCUUGAAAUUCAGCAUCUCUCGCUCAGGGACAUUUCCAAAAUAAGACAACAAAAGGUCCGUUUGGUUGUUUAAUUUCCCCCCUGCCAUGUUUGCAGGCACUCCAGACGCACAAGCUUUUGUGUACAACCCAUCAAAUAGUCCAUUUGACGUAAUAUAUUCCCUUGAACGCACGCAGAGAGGCUGUCGUCAAAUGAAAAGGCCUCAAAUGUCAUCUCCUGGCUGCUCAAUAAAGCAGGAACAGAAUCUUCCCAACAGGAAGCAUCCUGCCGAGCGACUUAUUGAUGCGGCGAGGAGGUCGCGGGCUCAUAAUGUUGUUGCGCGGCCGCUGAUGGAAUUACGGCGGCGCGACGAUCGCUCGCAGUCAGCUGUAAUGACAUCCCGUGUCCCGCCCCCUCCCGCCUCGCUACUCGAUAAUGCUGAGCCUCCAUCUUGACGCGUUGCUUCCGAGCAGGAACAAAACAAGCCAAUAAUAAUUGUCAAACUUUUCCUUACAAUUUGUUCUUUUGCGCCCAGAGUCGAAACAUGAUGUUCCAUCUCAGGCGGCGGCCAUUUUGACUUGGCCUCGCCACUCGCUGCCAAUUAAAAAAAUGACAUCCCCGUGUCGGGCUGGCUCAGCUUACCAACAUCACAUGAGCAAACUCGGGGAAACAGGUGAGACCUGAGUCUACCUGGCACUGUGAUGUCAUUUUAAGUGGACAAGAAGUGGCUGUACAAAAUGGCCGCCUCCUGAGCUGGAUCAAAACAGGCGGAUUUUUAUGCUUCAUUCAUGUACCAAAAACUCAAUAUUCAUCAUAAUACCGCAUUUGGACGAAUUGGGGCGCAUAUCAUUGUUGAGAAAGUGUUUGACUUGACUUUCCCUUCAAAGUAAUAUCUUUUUCAUGGCGAAUGCCAAAAUGAGUCCUUGGGACUUGGCAGCAUGUCAUUGGUUGAUCAUGAGUAAACCCCCCCCCAAAAUGUCUCGGUUGCCAUUUUCGGGUCCUUUUGUCCAUUUCCAGGUGCCCUUCAAAGACGAACUCCUCGGAAAGAUUUUUUUUUUUUUCGGAUCGCUACCAAAUUUGAAACGCGGACGCUAGACAGAUGGACAAGGCUCAAUUGUCACGCAUUUGAGCUUCGGCUGUUGCGUGUGGGCGGAGCUUGGCCUCACUGAUGUCAUGAAAAAGGAUAAGCUUUACUGUUCAACCGUGUUCUGUUCUAUCUGCAUAUUUGCUUUGAAUUAUAACUUUAACCCUUUAAUGGCCACAAAAGAUGUUUGAAUUUGGAGGCAGUUGGAGUGUGUGUGCGUGUUUGUGUGCGUGUGUGUGUGUGUGUGCUUUCGUGUGUCUACACGCAUGUGUACCCGCGAGCGUGUCACGUUCUGAUGAGUUCAGGGACCCAAACUGUCAUUACCAUCUGUUAGCAUGAGACACACUCAUGCAGUAUGUGUGUAUGUUUUAGUGUGUAUGCGUGUGUGUGUGUGUGUGUGUGUGUGUGUGUGUGUGCCUGCGAAGCUCAGGUGUUGUUAGCCAUGCGUUGUGCCAGGGGAAAUAGUCCAUGAUGCCAUCAGUGAACAAUAUCGCACAAACGCACCCACCCUCUUGAAGCCUCUCGUAUAUUUGCGUGUGUGUGUUUGUGUGUGUGUGUGUGUGUGCGUGUGUGUGUGUGUGUGUGUGUCUGCAUGCAUGGACGCGCUGCUAAAUCUGGCUCCUCUGUUAUCAUCCCUUUGGCAACAUUUGUGUUUUUUUUUUUCAGAUUCCAAUGCUAACUUUAGAUUUUUGAGAUGUAUGCACCUGUGGGUGUCCUUAAGCAUUAAAAUCAACGUGUGUGUGUGUGUGCGUGUGUGUGUGUGUGUGUGUGUGUGUGUGUCUGUUCGUACUCCUGUGUGGCUAAGUGAAGUCAGGGUUAAUUAGUCUUUAGAGCACUCAGGUGUGACCAUGCCAAAGAGGCUAGCUAUGUGUGUUUGCGUGCAUGUGUGUGUGUGUGUGUGUGUGUGUGUGUGUGUGUGUGUGUGUGUGUGUGCGUUUGUAUUCAUGACAUCUCAGGACAAUUUUAUGAUAACACACCUUCACAAUGAGGACCUGUGGAAAAAUGAGGACAUUUUUCGCGUCCUCAUAUUUCCACGCACUCUACACUACUCUAGAGCUCACGAGGAUACUCCCACACCAAAAAUAAGUGAUGUCCUGAAAGAGCACAAUUUUCAGAAAUUGUGUGUUUAAGUGUGUUUAACUUUCGACUCACUUUUCAUUUGGAAAACUAGUGGCCAACUUCGGUACUUAACACACUUUUAACACACUUUCAGUGACGUCAUUGUGCAGGACCUCAAAUGUCAUCUUUUUCGGACUGACUCACACAUUUUCCCCGCCCUCGUCCUGAUAAGUCACAUCAAUUAGCAGUCACACAAAAUCCAACAUGUGAAGCAGCCAGACAAUCCUACUCUCAAACACGACCACGCGUGGAUGACCAUCGGGUAAGCAAUUCCUUUUCAUUUAUCUUACCGUAACAUAGAAGUUGUUCAAUAUAACCGUGUUUAACAGUGCCCACCAAAGGUAAUAUCAUUCAAUAAGACAGCUAGCUAGCUAGCUAGCUCGAUCGUUAGCAUGCUAAUAAGCUUUCAGUAAAAGUAAUGUGGACAUGUCCUGCAGGCAAGAUGUUUACUGGUGGUGAUAAUGUCACAAAGAAGAACCAGACUGAGCCCUGAAUCUGAGGCUGCUCCUUUUAUCUGGAGUCAACAAGCCUUGUUUGAAAGCCCAGUGGAUCAAUGAUUAUAAAGACACCAAGUGACGGGAUCUUGACUGAACCUUCUGGAGACCAAGAAGGGAGUGAGAGAUCCACUUCAUCCUUACAACAGACACCAAGUGACCUGACUGAACCCUCUGGAGACCAUGAAUGGAGUGAGAGAUCCACUUCAUCCUUACAACAGACACCAAGUGACCUGACUGAACCCUCUGGAGACCAUGAAUGGAGUGAGAGAUCCACUUCAUUCUUACAACAGACAUCAAGUGACAGGUACCUGACUGAACCCUCUGGAAACCAAGAAUGGAGUGAGAGAUCCACUUCAUCCUUACAACAGACACCAAGUGACCUGACUGAACCCUCUGGAGACCAUGAAUGGAGUGAGAGAUCCACUUCAUCCUUACAACAGACACCAAGUGACCUGACUGAACCCUCUGGAAACCAAGAAUGGAGUGAGAGAUCCACUUCAUCCUUACAACAGACAUCAAGUGACAGGUACCUGACUGAACCCUCUGGAAACCAAGAAUGGAGUGAGAGAUCCACUUCAUCCUUACAACAGACACCAAGUGACCUGACUGAACCCUCUGGAAACCAAGAAUGGAGUGAGAGAUCCACUUCAUCCUUACAACAGACAUCAAGUGACAGGUACCUGACUGAACCCUCUGGAAACCAAGAAUGGAGUGAGAGAUCCACUUCAUCCUUACAACAGACACCAAGUGACCUGACUGAACCCUCUGGAAACCAAGAAUGGAGUGAGAGAUCCACUUCAUCCUUACAACAGACAUCAAGUGACAGGUACCUGACUGAACCCUCUGGAAACCAAGAAUGGAGUGAGAGAUCCACUUCAUCCUUACAACAGACACCAAGUGACCUGACUGAACCCUCUGGAGACCAUGAAUGGAAUGAUAGACACACUUCAUCCUUACAACAGACACCAAGUGUUCCGAUCCUGAUGAAACCUUUUGAAGAUCAAGAAAGGAGUGGAAGAUCCACUUCUUCCUUACAACAGACACCAAGUGACCUGACUGAACCCUCUGGAGACCAUGAAUGGAAUGAGAGAUAAAUUCUCAAAAUUCUCAAAUUUUCAAAAUUCUCAUUAUUUCCUGGAAUAUCUUAUUUUGAUUAUUUUAUUUUUCCAUUUUUAAUAAAUAAUGC